UAUAAAUGAUUCGAACACUCUUUAGAUGGAUGCCACGAUUCAGAUUUUCAACUAAACUUGGAUCUUCCAAUGUUGCUUCUGGUACUCAAACAUCAGCUACUUAAACAAAUCCUAUUCCUGUUUAUUUAAGACCUUAUGAUGCCAAGAAGUACGAGGUACCCUCAUCUAAAAUAAAAUUAACCACUGGAUACAGUUUCCUUGAUGUUGAACCUAUGCCAAGAGCAAAGAUUAUGAAAUUAUGCUACACAAUACUUGAUAAAUUAAAGACAGAAAUCCCUGAAGGAGUUCUAUACAGAAUUUACACUGAGGAAAAAUUAAAGUACAUAAUGCGUAUUACAGAUGAAAUUGAAGAUAUCAGACAACUUGAAGAGGAAUUUGGAUUUGAACAAAUCGAAUUCCUCAUUUAGCAACUUGUUAAGGAAGUUGAUUUAGUUGAUUAAAUGAAGUAUAGUAUUGACAUAUUUCUAUAGAUACUUUAAACCUUGGGAAUAAACUCAAGAUGAAAGUACUUUUGAAUUGUUGAGAUAACCACAUCCUGCUUUGAAACAUUAAAGAAAUGACAAACCCCCAAGAGAAUAAACUAAAUUUAUUGGAAAUUGAUAUUUACAAUAAUAAUA